AUGCCAAAAAUAUUCAAGUCAGGCAAGGUUUGCGUAGUCUUGAGUGGUAGAUACGCAGGUAAAAAGGUUGUCGUGAUCAAGCAAUUCGAUGAAGGCACCAAGGAGCGUCCAUACGGCCAUUGCUUGGUUGCGGGUGUUGAGCGUUACCCAUUGAAGGUGCACAAGCAAAUGGGUGCCAAGUUGAUUGAGCGUCGUUCAAAGGUGAAGCCAUUCAUCAAGUCAAUCAACUACAACCACUUGAUGCCAACCCGUUACGCACUUGAACUUGAAGGCUUGAAGGGUGUUGUAUCCCCAGAGACCUUCAAGGAGCCAACUCAACGUGAAGAUGCUAAGAAGCAGAUCAAGAAGCUCUUCGAAGAGCGCUACCACAGUGGAAAGAACCGCUGGUUCUUCCAUGCUUUACGCCUACACAGAAAGCAAGAUGAGACAUCAAGUACCUCUUCAUCAUCACCUACAGCCACGUCCACCACCGCCACCACUACGUCCAUUCAGUCUGGUACAACUGGUACUGGCGGUACUUUCACUCAUAUUCCAAACUCAUCUGACAUUCCCCUCUCCUCCAUUCUCCCUGGCAUGAACUUAUCCGGGAAAACCAUGUCAAUGCCUACAACAGCCUCUCCAGGCCAAAUUCCAUUCUCUCACGCUCCUCCAUUGCCCUCUUCAACCCCUGUUCAAGCUGAAUACCCUGAAAUGGACAAGAUUCCUCCCGUCGAUCACCCUCAAGUUCAAGAAUGGAUUUCUCAAAUUGACUGGGACAAGGUUCCCGACUGGUCUGUCAACGAAGGAGAAGCUUCUUGCUCUGAAAAUCCUGAUUCCAGGGACGAAGCUGGUCCCGAUCAGCGCUGCUGGUGGACGUGCGGUAGUUGUACUGCGGAUGAUGACAUCACUCAAUGCCCAAAUAAGCAUGACUGGGGCUUGUCGUACGAUGAUGGUCCUUCGCCGUACACUACUACCCUUCUCAACUACCUCGCUGAACAAGAAAUUACCUCCACCUUCUUCAUCGUCGGUUCAAGAGCUCUUUCACGUCCUGACAUGCUUCGUGCUGAGUUAGUCCUUGGACAUCAACUCUCUGUGCACACCUGGUCACACCCUCACCUCACCACUCUUUCAAACGAGGAAUUAGUUGCUGAACUUGGAUGGACUAAGAAAGUUAUUCACGAAGUAACCGGUUUGACUCCAAAUACUAUGCGUCCCCCAUACGGUGAUAUCGAUAACCGUGUUCGUGAAGUCUGUCGUCAGAUGAACCUCACUCCAAUUAUUUGGACAACUGCUCAAGUCGACGGUCAGGAACUCACUUUUGACACUAACGAUUGGAAGAUUGCAAGUGGUGAUGUCACCACUAACAAGUCAUACGAGACGUUCGAGAAGAUCUUGGACUCCUCGGACGAAAUGGACCACGGAUUCAUCGUCCUUCAACAUGACUUAUACCAGCAAGCCGUUGAGUUGGCUGUGGCGUAUGUCUUACCGGACGCCUUGCAACGCCAGCCAGAGCUCAACCUCUUGUCUGUUAUCGACUGUCUCCAAAAGCCACAAACUGAGGCCUACAUUGAGACUUCUUCCAACGAAACAGCACCAAGUGAAGUUGGUGCUGGUGGUUCUUCAGCUAGCAAAGUAUUCAUUUCAAUUACAAAACUUUCCAUCGCCGUUGCAAUCACUACCCUUUUCCUCUGUUGA